AUGGGAAGGGGUAAGGUUCAGCUGAAGCGGAUCGAGAACAAGAUAAGCAGGCAAGUAACAUUCUCGAAGAGAAGGGCCGGAUUGCUCAAGAAAGCUCAUGAGAUCUCAGUUCUAUGCGAUGCUGACGUGGCACUUAUUGUCUUCUCCACCAAAGGGAAGCUCUUUGAGUAUUCUAGUGAUUCCAGCAUGGAGAGCAUCCUGGAGCGAUAUGACCAGUAUUCGCAUGCAGAACAGCAACUCACAACUGAUUCCGAACCACAGGGAAGCUGCUGGUCUCUGGAGUAUCCCAAGCUUGCAGCAAGGAUUGAAGUCUUGCAAAGGAAACUAAGGCAUUUUACUGGAGAAGAUUUAGACUCCUUAAGCUUGAGAGAGCUUCAAAAUUUGGAGCUACAGCUUGAGACAGCACUUAAGCGCAUACGAACAAGAAAGAACCAACAGAUGCACGAAUCCAUUUCAGUGCUGCACAAAAAGCAAAAGGCACUGCAGGAGCAAAACAACUCGCUAGGAAAGAAGCUGAAGGAGAAUGAAAAUAUGCUGGAGGUAGAGCAUGAUGGUCAGGUGCAGCAGGUAGAGCAGCACCAAAGUAACCAAGACGCCCACAACUCAUCCACCCUCAUGCUAAUGCCGCCGCCACCACCCCAAACCUCGUCAACACCGGCACUACUUGCUUCUCUAACCAUUGGUGGGGGAAUCCAGGCAAGAGGAGGGAUGGAAGAUGGUGAUGAUAAUGACGGAAGAACUCAAACUCGGCCGCCUACUACUACUCACACACUCAUGCCAAUGUGGAUGUAUCGCCAUUUCAACGAAUAA